GCAAGUCACUUGUGAUAAACCUCUGCAAUUUCUGAGCGAUUUCUAAGGAUUUUCAAUGGCUUUUUGUCCGAAAACCUUCAACCAGAGUGGAUCAUGGAUUGGGGCUGAACCCCGUACUCGUUCUAAGCGAGUUUUUUCGCAUGUCAACUCUGCUGAAGAAAUGGGCAUGGCCUCUCAUUGGAGGCCCCAGUCUGAGCAUCCAUACAAAUAUGUGCGGGCAACACGGUUUUCUUCCAGCAAGUACUGGAAGGAGUACCAAAAGGGGCAAGCCACUUCCCAGGAGCAGCAGUGCCAUGGUAUGGCCAACCUGCGAACCUCAGCACCUCAGACCCUGAGAUUUGUGGGCAACUUGAUCCACCCUCAGUCCACCAGUGUCAGAGGUAGCCAGCUGGCCUCCACCGGACCUGUGGUGACUCCCAACAUGGCUACAACCUGCCCAUCCAACAUGAACAACCUCAUCCCUACAUCUGGUGUCACAGCUACUUUGCUGAGCCAGCUUGGACCCCUAAAGUUUGUGGGGAAUCUCGAACUGCCUGCAGGGCGUAUUCAUGGUCAGCAGAACAUCAGGCCAGCCCAGUCGGCUGGCAUCAUGACCCACGGAGAAUUAACAACUUCAAGGGUCGAUGUCAUGUCGUCCACGUCUGCAGCUCCUGCGAGUCUCUCCACUGGGGCCUUUGGUGGAGCCCCGACUCUCUCUCAGACCACUGGCUCUCAGUACAGCAGAGAUGAACUUCUGAAGAUGAUCAAUCUCCAUGGUGAAAUGAUGGUCAAGUACAGAGAGCUGAGAGGUAAGGCUGAGGGCAUCGAAAAGCUGAUGAUGCAGGCAGUGUGCCCUACUGAGCAUCAGGAGAAGACAGAGAACAUCCAAGACAGGAGCUGGGAAGAAGAGGCAAAGGCAUUGGAUGAUCUCACUGGGGGUAUUGUUCUUCCUGAGGAUGCUAUGGAGAAACUUGAGGCUAUUCCUGGCAUUUUGGACUUGGCAAGAGAGAUGGGCUUCUUGUGUUAAAGACAUUUAAUUUAAU